AUGAGACAACUAGUAGUGUACAAAACGGACGAAGGUAUUGAAGAAUGUAUUAUACCCGGUUAUAGGAUAACUGUGCGCCCAGUUAUCGACCGGAGUCUUACAGGUGAUUAUAUAUACGAUGUGGACAUAAGUAUUGCUCACUAUAAGUACAAUACAGAUGAUGGCAAAACAGACCUGAAAUACGACAUUGGAUUAUUGAAAUUGAUUUCACCGCUACCCAUACCAACCACCACAACAACAUCAAGUGGUGGUCAAUCUUAUCUGUCGCCUGCAGUAAACGGUAUUUGUUUGCCCGACAAAGAUAUUGUUAACACUGAGGAUGAGUUGGCAUUGAAUGCCGGUUUUGGUUAUAUUGAUGAAAGUGUUGUCAAUUAUGGACCACUGAUGAUGGAAUGGAUAAUAAUUAAGAAAGCAUUUAAUACUACACGUGAUGGUUGGGAUAAUUGGAUCAGAUCUUAUAGAUAUCCGCAUUAUACAGGCUCUGGUAUUUGUAAGGGUGAUUCUGGUGGACCAGUGGUCCAGUAUGUCGGGGAUCGGGCGGUAUUAAUUGGUAUAACCUCGGCCAGUUCGCUUAAUGUUCAUUGUCUGGCAUACAAUCCAAAUGCUAUAAUGAUUUUUAUAAGAGUUUCACGAUUUGUCGAUUGGAUUGUCGAUACUAUUGAGAAUAAUUAG